CCUUUUCUUCCUUGUAGGUCAAUGCGUCGCACUUGUCGGUAUGUAAUCAAGGUGAGGUAAACCUGUUUACGAAAUAAAGAGAUGCCCUUUUGUAUCUGUAAAGGAACAAGUGGCUGCGGCAAGUCGACCGUAGUUCAGCUGAUUGAGAGAUUUUACGAUGUUGUUCAAGGCUCUAUAGUGAGUGAGAAGCAUUUAGAAUGUACGAAGGUAAACAUGAACUGAAAUUUCUUUUCUCUCUUUUACUUAAGUUAAUUGACGGUAACAAUGUAAGUGACUUGAAUCUACAGUGGUAUCGAUCUCAACUUGGUUUGAUUGGACAAGAGCCAGUUUUGUUUGAUUUAACAAUAAGGGAAAAUAUUGCUUAUGGUGAUCAUUCUCGUUCAGUCGAACAAAUUUCGUUGGAUGAAAUUAUCGAGGCAGCCAAGAAAGCCAAUAUCCACGAAUUCAUUCAAGCAUUACCAGUGGGUUAUGAUACCAAUGUUGGCUCUAGAGGAACUCAAUUGUCGGGCGGAGAGAAACAACGAAUUGCCAUAGCUCGAGCUCUCAUACGUAACCCGAAAAUUCUUUUAAUGGACGAACCAACAAGUGCAUUGGAUUAUGAAAAUGAGAAGAUUGUCCAAGAAACGUUGGAACAAGUACAAAAAAACCGUACAUCCAUCACAAUAGCACAUCGUCUAUCAACAAUUGAAAACGCUGAUUUGAUUUGUGUUGUAGAAAAUGGACAAGUUGUUGAACAAGGAACACAUCCAGAACUAGUAAAACAACGUGGUCUUUACUGGAAACUAUAUACAACAACUGUACAAUAA